GACUUUUUGCAACAGCUGAUGAUUCUUACACCUGUUUAGUUUUAUUGGGGUUAUUUAAAACUUGCUUAGUUCUUACUGUAUUUACAAAAAUAGUUAGAUUAUAAUUUAACACGGAACAUAGCUUCGUGUUCAAAUAGCGUUAUGGCUGGUGCUGAUGCUCCUAUGAAUGCUUCUCAAAACCAUGCUGAAAGUAGUGGCAGCAACAGCAAUGGAGAAAGUAAUAGCAUUAUAGGACUUUCAACAGGAGCAGUAAUGGUUGCCUCUCUCAAACCUGACGAAAUACUUGAAGAAUAUGGUCCCAAUUUAAAGAUAUUGGACUGCAAUUCGCAAGUAGCUGAAUUGUUAACUAUUAUCCGUGAUAAAAAUACUACUCGCAGUGACUUUAAAUUUUACGCUGACCGUCUUAUACGUUUAGUCAUUGAGGAAUCUCUUAACCAGCUACCAUAUUCGGAUUGCCGUGUGGAAACACCGACGGGUGCAACAUAUGAUGGCCUCAAGUAUCGCGCUGGAAAUUGUGGUGUCUCAAUUAUACGCUCUGGUGAAGCAAUGGAACAGGGCUUACGUGAUUGUUGCCGUUCAAUACGCAUUGGAAAAAUAUUGGUUGAGUCUGAUGCAGAUACACACGAAGCGCGUGUAGUCUAUGCUCGUUUCCCCGAUGACAUUGCUAGCCGACAAGUCUUGCUCAUGUAUCCUAUAAUGUCGACUGGUAAUACAGUUCUACAAGUAGGCUGUCAAUGUUCUCAAGGAACACGGCGUACCGGAGAGCUGCAUUAUAUUGUCAAACCUUUUCUGCACACCAAUCGCAGCUAAAACUGUAGUUGGUGCUUUCCCCAGGCUUAAAAUUCUUACUUCCGAGCUGCAUCCUGUCGCACCAAAUCAUUUCGGUCAAAAAUAUUUUGGUACCGACUAGCAUAAUGAUAGAAGAGUUUAUUCCAAAAAUUUUAGUUGUUAAAAUUAUCAGGCAGGUUUUGCUCUUCAUUUACGAGUGAAUUUCAACCCUUGCAAAUUUGAAUUCAAAGCGAGUGAAAUUCCCUCGGAAGUGAAUUUCAGAACCUGCCUGUAUGUUAGAGAUUUUUAGCUUACUUAACUUAACUUAAAACGGAAAAGUUGUACUUAAAGAUCGUUGCAACUUUUAGUUUAGCAACUUUUUUUAAUUUAAAAAAGAUUGUAAUUAGUCCACCACCUUUAAAUUAUAUAUAUUUAUUUAAUUUUGGUAUGAUGCAAUAUUAAUCAAAUACUUGUAACAAAGUAAAUUAUGUAUAUUGGUAUUGCAAAGCAUCAGACAUUUUAGAUUCAUUACAUUUGCAAAAUUUGAAAUUUGAACCACACAUUAAUAUUUUUCAUUCAUAAAAUGCAUAGUCGGUUUUACAAAUAUCAGCGUUCUCAGUGUUUGUAUUCAUCAUAUUAGUAGCUAAAAUCUCAACCUAACCC